AUGGCCCUGCAACCAAUCGAGCUCUGGGGACACUGGGGAGCCCCAAAUCCAUGGAAAGUUGUCCUCAUCCUCGAAGAGCUCAAGCUGCCGUAUAUCAUCAAGACGUUGGAGUUUACCGAGGUCAAGUCGGAGGAAUAUGUCAAGCUGAAUCCCAAUGGACGACUGCCGACCAUUGUAGAUCCCAACACUGGCAUUACCCUUUGGGAGUCCGGAGCCAUCAUUGGCUAUCUGAUUGAUCAAUAUGACAAGGCCGGCCAUAUCUCCUUUCACACUGCGCCAGAGAAAUACUUGACUCGGCAGUGGUUGGCUUUUCAGAUAUCCGGACAAGGGCCAUACUACGGCCAAGCUAUCUGGUUUGCACGCUUCCACCCGGAAAAAAUCUCUUCCGCCAUUGACCGUUAUGUCAAUGAAGUCGUAAGAGUUAUUGGCGUUCUUGAUGAUGCUCUCAACAGAGGUGGCACUGGUUGGCUCGUCGGCGACAAGUGCACCUAUGCCGACUUGGCCUUUGUCACUUGGGCCCAUCUCGGAUACGGUCUCCUGAAGCAGCUCAACAAGUUGGACCAAAUUGAAAAGUACGAAAAGUACGCUGCAUGGAUCAAGUCUCUUGAGAGUCGUGAGACGGUCAAGAAAGUGUUGGACUCGAUAGCCAAAGGAAGAGCGGAACAUGGCUUACCAUGA